UUUUCAGUGAUUCCCUUACAUAUUUGUCGCGUACUGAAUUCUGAAUUUAUUUAGAGUUUUUUAUAAGACAGCAAUUUUAUUGUUGAGCAAUAUUUCACUGUAAGUGCUUCACAGCCUGCAGGCUAAAUGGGGCUGACCUACAAUGAAAACUGAUAUGUUUUAUUUCAGUUGGUGCUUUCUAUGACCUUUUCAGUUAUGUUAUGAUUGCCUUUCACGCUUACACUCUUGCUGGUCCGUGCAUUGUGUUUUAGUUCCAAUCUACGGCAUACGUUUAAAAUGUGUUAUAGCACAAAAUGGAUUCAGAUUGGGGAUUUGUUUGACCGUUUUUUUGUUUUUUUUAAAAAUUAUUAUUAUUUUAAGCGUUGAAUAUAUAUGGUGCGUAUAUACGUUCAAAUUUAAUCCAAAUGAACAAUAUUGUUAAUUCAACUCCACGAGUUAAUGAAACACUGGAAAUUUGCAGUGAUUUGUUUGCUCCUGUAUUUAUUUUGCGAGGUUUCCCCCUGUGAGACACCAGAGACUUGGAGCGUUGUACCUCAUUAACUGUACCACUGACGAGUAAAAGUCUUGUUUAGUUUUUCUGUCGCUUUAGCAUUGUAUGUAAAGAAAGGCCCAAUCCAUUCGUUUAGUAGAUCAAUGGAACAAUAAAGGCAGAUUACUCCAGGUAUAACACCUUGACAUGAAGGAGGAGCUGUCAAGGUGAGUAACUCCAUUCGAUAUCUGUCAAGAGGACACCUGUCAUCUAUAUAUACCCUGUAGAUCCGGAUUUGUGUGAACAGACACACAGUCACAAAUUCGUGUCUAGGGGAGUAUGUAGUUGAUAUAUAGACCGCAAUGCAACAUCAACGGAAAAAGAAGACAUCAAUAUAUAGCUUUAUUUAUUUUAUUUUUUUCAUUAAAACAAUACAAGUCUGUCCGUAAAAGUAUGUCAUCAACGAAAUUUUUAGCUUUGGUUGUACAUAUAUAUAUAUAUAUUUUUUAAAUCAGUUUCUUAGAGUUAAAUACCAGUGAUUGUCAGGCUAGCAUGUUCCAUGAAUAGUAAGAAUCAAGGCAACAGCAAAGUACAACCAACGUUAACGGUUAAUGGUCAAUUAUGCUUGGGGCGUAAAUCAAAAUGCAGAAUAACGCGCUCUUUGUAUGGGGAAUGACUGCAGAGUGUGCUUAAAUGCAAAAGACCUUAGUUUUGAUUUAGGAGGCUUUGCAACCUGAAUUAGUUGAUGAAUUUUCUAUCGAUCCUAAACAAGCCCAGAUUUAUCUCUGACACGCAGAUCACGCCACCUCCAUUCUAUCACCAUUAUUAGCAAGUGCAUUUAAGAGCUUCGGCAGACAGAGCGGGUUGCCCUUUCACUUGGUAUCGCUUUUCAUGAGUACUGGCCAAAAAUACAGGAGUGUUCAAAUUCAGAACAUCUGAACCACAUUUUGGAAAGGAGUAUGUAUACUCUCAUUAAACUGAGGUACUCAAGACGAAAGAGAGGGGGAGUCGCUUGGUCUCAGAGGUCUGUGCUUAUGUAAAAGUCCAGGGUGGCUUUAUCGGCAUGUCAGUUUUCGCUAAUGAGUGUUUUCUUUCAACUGUCAGAUUGUUAAACUCAAAUCAAAGCAUUAAAAUAUGAAACGUGGUUAUACUGUCCCAAACUGUGCGUUGAUAUUGAACACAAUCUAAACUGCUUUUUCUCGUUUCCUAAUCCGGGAAUUGGAAGGAUGCACGCCAUUGGCUAUUGCUGUCACGUGGACUCUUAACUUUGUUCACUUGACAGAAAGUAGGAGGGUUUUACGAAACAGGAAAACGAGUAAAGGGAUAGAUAUAAAUUUUAGUAUAUUUUGUGUGCAAUUCAAAGAAAUUAAUGGCCAUGAGUUCCUAUUUGAUCAACUCCAACUAUGUGGACCCCAAGUUUCCACCGUGCGAGGAGUACUCCCAAAGCGACUACCUACCCAGUCACUCUCCGGACUACUAUAGCGCCCAGAGGCAAGAGCCAUCGUUCCAGCAUGAGUCGAUCUACCAUCAGCGGUCGGGCUGCGGCGAUCCACCCUACUCGUCGUGCCAGGGUCCAGGGCAGCCCGCUGUGGUGAUGUCUCCUCGGGGUCACGUACUAAACCCAGCUGCACUCUCGACCCCUCUCCCAGAACCAAGCCACCACUGCGACUCGGUAACUCCGAGCCCUCCGCCUGCUUGCGGCCAGACCCCCAUUAACCAAAACACUCCUUCGGCCACUUCUCGAAAGGAUCCCGUGGUGUACCCCUGGAUGAAAAAAGUCCACGUAAAUAUCGUGAGCCCGAACUAUUCGGGGGGAGAACCCAAGCGCUCACGCACAGCUUACACGCGACAGCAAGUUCUUGAGCUGGAGAAAGAGUUCCACUACAACCGCUAUCUUACUCGCCGGCGAAGGGUGGAAAUCGCCCACACCCUCUGCCUCUCAGAACGACAGAUAAAGAUCUGGUUUCAAAACCGGCGUAUGAAGUGGAAGAAAGACCAUAAGCUGCCCAACACGAAGAUCCGCUCCAGCAACUCGGCCAACUCGAGUUUAAACGGCGGCCCCUUGUGCAAUAAUCAGAACCGUGCUAGCGGACCUCCACAGACUCUAUAGCUUGCUUGCGCUCAUCAGAAAGACACAAAUUUUAAGACCUCAAUUUCAGGAGUGAGGAUCUAGAAAUUCUCAACCCUCUCAUGGUUUGUAAACUAUGUGGAUAUAACACGAGGUGGAGCAAUGAUAAAGUGCACAGGGAAAAAUAUUUUAAACACAAAUGGGGUGAAGACUCGAACUCAGACACUUCCACAUUUGUGCUCACUCCCAGUUCGGUUCUAUCAUGUGCCCUGCUUCGGUUCCUGCUCCCUCGACCCCUCCAUAACAACAGAAGGCAGCAGACAGUUUUCAGAUUUGGUGAAGAUGGAUCCCUGCUUCAUCUUUAAUCAUGCCAAACUCAGUCCCAUUUGUCAUGUUUACUCUGUGGCACAAAGGAUGAACCGUAGGCCUGCCCAUUACCUCGACGUCUAGAAUUGUGCCUAAUAAAUGAGUCUCCUUGUUUUGUCAAGAGCCAUUUUCAAAACCCCCUUUCUUUGCUGGCUUGUAGCCUACAAAAGUAGCCGAACAUUGUUCUCUUAAUAUGAAGCUCCUCUUUCUCUCUAACGUUACUCUCACAUUUAAUAUUUUGUGUUGCCAGUGGGGCUGACUAAGAUUGUGUGAGGUUUAGAUGUCCUUCCUUGGGCAUACGAGAACCUUACUGGUCAGGUUUCUGUAUCUAAUUGUUUAGCGCAUUUCAAAUUGAGAACAGGGAAAUCAGACGGUGUGUAUGAAAAUAUCUGAUUUCGGUGUUGCUCAUAUUCAGUGGAAAGUAAGAAAAGUUGAACAGUUGGGCAUAUAGAUAACCAAAACAGUACAAUGCAAAACUAUUUAAAAAUGAGCACUGCUAAAUACUAUUUGAAUUACCUCAGUUGAUAGUUUUUUUUUU